UGCCUGGUUCGAUAUACCAUCUUUUUCCUUCACCGAGACCGAGGAUGCACCGGGCAUGUCGGACUCAGUACGCAAGCUAGACGCGCUUGUCAAGGCCGAGGUCGACGCUGGCAUUCCACAAGAGCGUAUUGUCCUCAGUGGCUUUUCGCAAGGUGGUGCAAUAGUACUCCUUUCUGGUCUUGGAGGGCGCGCGGUACGCGAGGGUGGUGAGCCCUGGAAACUUGCAGGAGUCGCAGUGAUGAGUGGAUGGCUACCAUUACGAGACCGUUUCAAGUCACUUAUCUCCCCGCACGCACUAACAAUGCCGGUUUUCUGGGGUCAUGGAACAGACGAUCCACUUGUGAGAUAUAGCUUCGGGCGAAAGUCGGCGGAGAUCUUGAAGGACCAGGUCGGUUUAGCGCUAAGGUGGGGCGAUAAAGGAGAAGCGGAACGCGCGGCCUUUGGGAGCGCUGGUGUGAGUUUUCUGGGGUAUAAUGGUGUACUACACGCAGCAUGUUCUAAGGAGCGUGCUGACCUGAAGGAGUUUUUAAAAAGAGUAAUCCCUGACAAUCAUACUGGAUGAUGAGAUAGGGGUUAUUAGACCGAGAUGGCGCUACCACAUCUAUUUUCUUGUUCUUCUUCAUAUGUCGCAUACCACGUUACAGUUGGGAUUGUAGGAUUUUAG